AUGCCUAUCCGAAACCCAUUCGCGCGCCGCCCCGAGGUUGUGAUUCCCAACAACGAAAAUGAGCGCCCCGGACAAGAAAACAAUUAUCCCGGCUUCGAGAGAGUCGACACGGUGGGCUCCAAGGCCUCCUCAGCGCUGAGCAUUCGCAGCGGCAAGAGCCACGACAAUGGCGAAUACAAAAUGAGUGUCGUCAAUGACAGUGGUGUAUACCUUCCUCCGUCUCCGACCGAGGAAAAGGCUCAGCAUUGGCCUAAAAGACAUUUGUCUUCACGCGCCUCGACAGAUACACGCAGCAGCUUUGGCGAUAUUGAGCAUUUCCCUAUUUCCAGAGAAUCCUUCGAUUCAUAUAGACGCUCUUUUGACAUCACUGCACGAUCUCCCAUCAAGCACAAGGAGGCCCCCGUGCGCCAGAGCCUAGACUCUGCCCGUUUCCCACGCCAGCAGCGCUCCGUUCACCGCAAGAUUGAGCGACAGCCUCCUACGCCGGAGGAGAGCUUUGAAGAUGUCGGACUGGACGAUGCCAAACAGCAGCCUCGCAAGCGUGGCUUCUUUGCCAAAUUGACCGACAGUCAGGACAAGGAUUCAUCGCCAUCCUCCAUGCCCCGAUUCCUCGGCGGCGGUCGCAAGCGUGGACAGAGUGGCCAGGGUGCCGAGCUGGGCAGCGUUGAUCACAUGAGAGCACCGGCUACCAGCGAGGUGCACUGA